CCAACAAACAAAAUGGCGUUCUCAUAUGACAGUCAAAGUGUAAAGCAACUUUUAACUGAAAAUUCAGUUGAUGAAUUUUUGGCAGCUUCCAAUAUACUAGUUAAAUUUGCUGUUAAUAUUUUAGAUAACCCAUCUGAAUCAAAGUAUAGGAGAAUUCGUAUAUCAAACCCAACUAUACAAAAUAAACUGUUAAAUGUUGUUGGUGGAAUGGAGUGUUUGUUUGAAAUGGGAUUUCAAGAAGCCGAUGAUGGAGAAUGCCUAGUUUUUCCAUUUGGAACAAGUUUGGAAAUUCUUAAAACCAUUAAAGAUGAUUUAACAAGGGAAAGAGAAAAAAUAGAAAGAAAGCAACAAGUUGCUGCAACUAGAUCUAGUCCUCAGACAGCACCUGCACUGGCCCCACAGCAAGCUGCAGGGGCAGCUGGUGGACCUACUACAUCCCAGUCUACUGGUGCUAGAGCUUCACAACUAUACAUGGAUACUGAAGCAACUUUCCUGGCCAAAUUAAAAGAUGCUUUAAGGCGCGUCAUGAAUUAUGAAAACAAAAGUUCUCAGAGUAAGGCCAAGGAUGUAAUUCCUGUUGAGUGUCUGCAAGAGGAAGCUAAGCAAAAGUAUCAAGCGAAUUCUGGAUCAGGAUCAAAAUUAGAUGUCAGAGAUUAUUUACUUUUGGAAUUGCUCAAUUGGUUUAAAAACUCAUUUUUUCAGUGGGUCGACACUCUCCCAUGUUCUCAGUGUAAUGGCUCUACUCAAAAUACUGGCUAUAUUCCUCCAUCAGCUGAUGAUCUUAGGUGGGGGGCCAGCAGAGUCGAAGGUCAUCAGUGUAGUUCAUGUUCUUUUGUAAACCGCUUCCCUAGGUACACAAAUGCUGAGAGGCUGCUUGAAACAUGUAGGGGUAGAUGUGGCGAGUGGGCAGAAUGCUUCACCUUAUGCUGCAGGGCUUUGGAUUUCGAAGCUAGAUAUGUCAUUGACUGGACCGAUCACGUAUGGACAGAGGUGUAUUCUAAUUCUUUAUCUCGGUGGCUACAUUGUGAUCCAUGUGAAAAUAUCUGUGAUAAGCCUUUGCUCUAUGAGUCAGGGUGGGGUAAAAAAUUGACUUACGUCAUUGCUGUAUCAAAGGAUGAAAUUCGUGAUGUUACCUGGAGGUACUCUGCAAAACACAAAGAACUUCUUGAGAGGCGGAAUCUCUGCCGCGAGUCAUGGUUGCGCCGAACAAUACACCAGUUGUGGAAACAGAAAAUUUCAGCCCUCCCUCAAGCAAGGCAACAAGAAUUAUGGAGGAGGUUGAUAUGUGAGCUUACAGAGUUUAUCACAAUGAAAGAUGGGAGUGGAGAAGCACUACCUGGCCGCACCACAGGGUCGUUGGAGUGGAGGCAAGCGCGGGGUGAGCUGGGUCAACUCCCACAAGAAUCAUCCAAUUUCCAGAAGAAUUUUGUCUUCACUCCUACAGAAGCUGAGCGUGAAUGUGAAAUGAUUCAUGUUGUAUACAACUGUGCAAUAGAUAAAUAUGUUAGGCUUUCUUCUAAUAACAAAGAACAUCAAGGAUGGAAGGCCUGCAUGUUUUCUGCUCAAGAUAUAUUUCGUAAAGUAGAGCAUGACUGGAAAAUGGCAUACCUUGCUCGGCAGGAAGGCUCAGCUUAUGCAGAAGUGUCUUGGAAAUUCGAUUUAACAAAUACAGAUCUUCGAAUAAGUAGAAUGGAAAUGAAAGCAGAAUCAGCUGUUUUUGAGGGAGGAGCUAUCAGUUGGAGAAUAUGUGCUGCAGAAAACUGCUUUAUGCAUACUGGUAGUUCAUUGCAAGAGAUGAUGACUUUUGAUCUCCAUGGUUGUCAAACCUUAACUAUAACUGCUGUUCUGCAAGGGGGUAAAGGAGAUCUGGCCUGGCAACACACUCAGCUGUUUAGACAAUCAACCAAUGACAGAGAUAGCUAUCCAUUUGAAAUCAAGUUAAUUUUAAAUUAAAGUGGAAAAGAUGCGCUAUGCUUUGAUUUUAGAAUAUUAGCUUCAGUAUUCAAUCGCAAUUUGCCCAUUGUGUGCUUUAUUCUUUAAUAAAUUUAUUAUUAUGUAAACAGCCUUAAAACCUUCUUUACUUAUUUGGGUGUAGAAACUAUACUUCAUUUUUACCUCUUUUUUCUUUUUACCCAAUUAUUCAGCCUGUUGUGAAAAUUGUUCUUUUACUUAUCCCCAAAAAGCCAGUUUUCAAUACUAAGGCAAUUUAAGUAGUUUAACAAUUUACAAAUUUAUGAUUGUUUAAGGAGGCUUUUUUAAAUUUCAUCUUUUAUACACAAUUGUAAAUGAUUGAGAAUUAGUCAAACUUGAUAAGUAUUAUAUAUAUACUGUAUAUGGCUAAUAGGAUCAGUAAAAAAAACAUUGCUACAUAGUGUUAUCAGUGUAUUACUUUUGGAUUUGUGUGCAUUCUGCAAGCAUGAUAUAUUAUUCAUUAGUAUUGCAAUUGUUUAUGCAAAGAACUUUUUUAAUGUACACACUAUUGAAAAAUUAAUUUUAUUGGAAUAACAUUUAUUGAACUUUUUGCCUCCUGUUGCACCAAACAUGGUUUUACUUCUCAAUGUGUUGAGAUUUUCAAAUCUUGUUGA